CCAUCUCAAUGGUUUACCCCCUCUGUGUCGUGGCUACCACGUCAAGUGGAGACUUGAGAGCUUUGGAAUCAUGGCGGAGCGCAGGAAGCACAAGAAGCGAAUCCAGGAGGUGAGUGAGCCCACCAAGGAGGAGAAGGCGGUGGCCAAGUACCUGCGGUUCAACUGCCCCACCAAGUCCACCAACAUGAUGGGACAUCGGGUCGACUACUUCAUAGCCUCCAAAGCGGUGGACUGUCUCCUGGACUCCAAGUGGGCAAAGUCCAAGAAGGGGGAGGAAGCUGUGUUCACCUCCAGGGACACCGUGGUGGACUACUGUAACAGCUUACUCAAGAAGCAGUUCUUCCACCGGGCCCUGAAGGUCAUGAAGAAGAAGCCGGAGAAGGAACUGAAGAAGGAGAAGGAGAAGGAAAAAGAGAAGGAAAAGGAGAAGAAAGAGGAGAAGAAGGAGGAGAAAGAGAAAGAAAAGGGGAAAGGAGAUAGCAGCAAAGAGGAGGAGAAGAAAGGAAAAAAAGAGAAGAAGAAGGAUUCUGAAGCUGACUCGAAAAAGGAGAAAAAUGAUGACAGUCCAGGGUCGCCCAAGAAGAAGAAGGACGUGAAAAAGAAGUUCAAGCUGGAGCCCCAUGAGGACCAGCGCUUUAUGGACGGCAACGAGGUGUAUGUGUGGAUUUAUGAUCCAGUGCAUUUGGCAACGUUUGCCAUGGGACUCAUAUUGGUGAUCGCGGUGAUUGCUGCCACCCUGUUCCCGCUGUGGCCGGCGGAGAUGCGAGUGGGUGUGUACUACCUGAGCGUGGCGGCUGGCUGCUUCGUGGCCAGUAUACUCCUCCUGGCAGUUGCACGCUGCAUCCUGUUCCUGAUCAUCUGGCUGGUGACGGGCGGCCGGCACCACUUCUGGUUCCUGCCCAACCUGACGGCGGACGUGGGCUUCAUCGACUCCUUCCGGCCGCUCUACACGCACGAGUACAAGGGCCCCAAGAACUCCAAGAAGCAGCUGAGCGACGGCAAGGCCGACAGCAAGGCCCUCGAGGCCGACAGCAAGGCGAACAACAAGUCCGACAGCGAGGAGAAGUCCGACAGCGAGAAGAGGGACGAUGAGGAUGACGACGACGAAGAGAGCAAGGAGGCGGAGGGAGGCGCGGAAGGGGAAGGGGAGGGAGACGGCGAGGAGGUGGCGGACGAGAGGGAAGGCGGCGGCGACGGCGAGACGGAGACAGAGGGAGCGGCGGCAGAGCGGCACUCCGACACAGACAGCGAGCGCCGGGAAGACGAGGGCUCGCAACACAGCAACGGCAACGACUUCGAGAUGAUCACACGCGAGGAGCUGGAGCAGCACACAGAAGAGGAGGACGAGGAGGCGGAGGGGGAGGAGCAGAAGGAGGACCAGGGAGGGGAGGAAGGGGAGAGGGAAGACGCUGACGUGGAAGAGGAGGAGGACGAGGAGGACCAAGCGAAGAGCAGCGGGGCCAAGUCUGAUACCGCUCACACUUAAAAAAACAAAAACAAAACAAAAACAAGUACACACACACACACAAACAUUUCGCCUCAAGCAACUCGAUGCCCAUGCACUCCACAGGGGAGCCCCUACCAGUGCUUCUGUUAUGUCCAGGAGUGACUCCUGAGCUCUUCCAAACCCAGAAUAACACAACAACAACAACGACAACAACAACAACAAUAACAUUUAUUAUUGUAAACAGAGAAGAGAGACCAGCUAUGACAAUGAAAAUGUACAAAGCUUCUUUCUUUUAUGUUGUGCAGAGCAUCUCUCCCGUAUAUAUGAGACGUUGAAAAAUGCAGAAGUGUUUAGCAGAGAGAACCCUUCCCCCACCCCUCAUCUCUUUAUCUCAUUUAAUGAAAUUAACUUAAGAAGUCCCAUCAUUUAAAGAAAGAAAAUAUAUCCAUAACUUUUGCGAUUUUGAUUUUUCAAAAGAAAACAUGGAAAUAUGAAUGAAAUAUGUUUUUUUUUGUUUUUGUUCCCCUUCCCUCCCUUCUCCUAGCCAUGCCCUCGCCCUAUGGACUGCUGCUAGAUGUAGUGGGCGAGAGCUGUGGCUGGUGCCAGAUAAUAGCAGGGUAAAUAUUGAGGACACGGGGGAGCGCUGGGGUGCAGCUGGCCAUGGUGCCCAUACCAGAACAUCUCCCAGAUUUCUCUUUCCAUCUCUCUCCCCCCCCCCCUCUCUCUCUACCGCCUGUCAGUAAGUCCUGGAAAACACAUAAAAGUGAAAAAGAUAUGUAGACAUACUUUAAGUACAUGGCGCCCCAUUCAAAACCAAAAUUUCUUUGGUUCAGUCGUAUGUGUCAAAUGGGUUUUCUGAUGGAGUGGAUAUAAUCGAUGAUGAUGAUGAUGAUGAUGAUGAUGAUGAUAGCAAAGUGUGAGUGAGUGAGUGAGUGAGUGUGUGUGUGUAUGAGAGUGAGAGAGUGAGUGAGUGAGAAUGUGUAUGUUAUGGAUUACUGACUCUAAGACGGUAGUCCUCCUGUAUGUUUGGACCAAAUUUUAAUUGUUUCGUCCUUGUUAGGAGAAAACCUCUUUGCAGAACUUUGGCCAUCUCACGAACAGUGUUUACAUUUUUCUUCAGAGAUUUUGAAUGUUGCAUUCGGUACCCUACUUCUGGCCCUGUGCCCUCCUCGUUAGGAAAAGUAAAGGCCACGCUUGGCUUUGUGUGUGCACAAUCCGUUUUGAUUUUUAUUUUCUGUUCUUUUCCCCCCAGUUCCAUAUUCAAAAACAAAAAGGCCUUUUUUCAGUCGUACUCUAGUUGAUACUGCAGGCAAUGUAUAUGCUUAUUGGUGUCGGGUUUAUAAACUGUUUACAAAAUGGCAUUGAUAACCAUCAGUUAUGGUAUUGAUUUUAGACGUCCUCUGUGGCUAUAUGAAUUCUCUCUAGUGUUUUGGAAGUACCUAAAAGACCAGUGGCAAAAGAAAAAUCUCAAAGUAGAUUGUUGUAUGAUCAGCAUACAUUUACAAACACUAGUGCCAAACUGAUUUUGUACCUUUUUUCCCUCAUUUGUAAGAAGAAGAACCAAGAUAAUAUUUAGUACUGUUAAUGAUUAUUCCCAAGAUUUCAAAAGUUGUCCCAAUAGUUGAUAGUUUGUCUCUCAUCAGACGUAGGUCAGAGAGACAACUGAACUUAAGUCAUGCUUUGUUUUAGUUUCAUUUUCUUUUCUUUUGAUAUUUCUUUUUUGUGUGUUUCGUUAAAAUCACUGGACUGAAAAGUUUGAAAUGAAAUGUCAUGACAUGA